AUGAGUAUAAUCUCUAAUUUCAACGAGGAAAAAAAGGAAAAGGUUCUUGAGGACCUAACAUGGAACGUGAAGCAAAUACAAGACAAUUUGUUGAAAGAGAUAAUCACACUUAAUGCAGAAACAGAGUAUCUCCAAGACUACCUUCAUGGAAGCUCUGUUAAAGAGCUCUUCAAGAAGAACUUACCUAUAGUCACCUAUAAAGAUGUGAAACCUUAUAUCGAUCGUGUCGUGAAUGGAGAACCAUCUACUAUAAUAUCGGCCAUACCCACUACAACCUUCUUGCGAAGUUCGGGAACUUCAGGAGGAGCACAAAACUAUAUACCAUCCAAUAACAAGUUCUUAGAAGGCUAUGCAUUCCUCUAUGAUCUUCGCAUGCUCGUUAUAAGCAAGCAUGUGAAAGGUGUGGAGAAAGGAAAGGGGAUGAUGUUUUUCUUAACUUGUCUCGAGACCACAGCUGCUGGUGGCUUGCCCAUUGAGACCGCAUCGAGCAACUUCUUAAAGAGCGACUAUUUCAAGAAUCGACCAAAUAAUUGGUAUUACUCUUACACGAGCCCGGAUGAAGUUAUGUUAGGAAGUUUGGUCCGAGCAAUCAAGGUUCUUGAAGAUUCUUGGAAGGAUUUGUGUUCGGACAUCCGAUCAGGUCAUCUCAGCGAGCGGAUCACCGAUUCUUGUUGUCGAAACUCCGUGUCUAUCAUUCUUGGAGGUCAGCCCCGUCCUGAAUUAUCAGACGAGAUUCAAAAGUUCUGCAGCCAAAAGUCUUGGAAAGGUAUAAUGACAAUGCUAUGGCCACAAACCAAAUGCAUUGAAGCUGUUGCUACAGGUUCAAUGGCAAAAUAUGUUCCCAUAUUGAAGUAUUACUGCAAUGACUUGCCUCUUUUUUCACCAACUUACACUUCUUCCGAGACAGUCUUCGGUGUUAAUCUUGAUCCUCUAUGUAAACCUGAAGACGUCUCUUACACUCUCAUGCCUAACCUAUCUUACUUUGAGUUCAUACCAACGGAGGGAGACAAUGAUGACAUUGUAGACCUCGCCGAUGUCAAACUCGGGUGUUCUUACCUAUUGUUGGUCACAAAUUUAUGGGGUUUGUAUAGAAUGAAAAUCGGAGAUAUUCUCCAGGUGACUGGAUUCUACAACAAGGCACCUCAGUUUAGGUUUCUAAGAAGAGAGGGAGUGGUGUUAAACAUCCAAACGGACCUGACAAAUGAAGAAGACUUGUUUAAGGCGGUGAAUCGAGCAAAGAUGGUUCUUGACUCAUCAGAUCUAAGGCUUAUAGAUUUCACUAGCUAUGCUGACAUCUCCACUAGUCCAGGUCACUACGAGAUUUAUUGGGAAGUAAAGGCUAUAAACCAAGACAUUAAGGACCUCGAGUUCGAUGAAAAGACAUUCUUGGAAUGUUGUUUGGUAAUGGAGGAUUCACUUGAUGAUGAAUACAAGGAGUGUCGGUUAUACAGAUCUGUCGGGCCUCUCGAGAUAAGAGUAGUGAAUGAUGGUACGUUUGAUUCUCUUAUGGACUUGUAUAUCUCAAAGGGUGGUGCGAUUACUCAAUACAAGACUCCUACAUGUAUAACAUCUGAAAAGAGCUUACAAGUAUUGGAGACAAAUGUGGUUGCUAGGUUCUCCAAUACUCAUUAA